AUGGCACCCCCGCCGUUGCUGGCCAUCGGUUCUUCUUUCUACCCAUUCUCGCCACCUCCAACCACCAUAGCUAUACGUGUUCCCUCAUUCCCACUAUCUCACACUCCUUCCGCUGUAAAAUUAGGAAUCUUUUUAUCCCUUCACUCUCACAUUCCCCUAUUCAAUGGCCCACCCGUAUCCUUCGCCCUCGAGUACGACGGCCCGCCGCUCCCCUUCGAUCUCCCCCGGGCGGUUCCCAUCAGCGUCGACGACAUUCCGGUAGCUUCCGUCGUCUCUCAAGUACCUCUCUCCGAUACUCUCUCUUUACCCGUUGUGCAACCAAUCGUGGCGCCCAAAAACCCCACCGUUAAAUUCUCUAAGGAGCUCCGGACUCUCGGCUCCGAAGCUAGGGUUUCCAAGGAGGUCGAGUUAGGUUCGGAGAGAACGGUGUCUCCCACCUCUGUCAUCGCCUUCGAGGACAGAGUUUCGCAGAGCAACAACGUCUGUGAGCUCUCGGGUGAGUUGAGUAGCUCCGGCGCGUUCGAGUUCUCCAACGUGAACUAUGCCUCCGGCGAGUUUUCCGAUGAGGGUGGGAGUUCCAGGAUGCUGGAGGAAUCGAGGGGAGCUGGAAGCUCCGGCACUGUGGAGUUUUGCGAGAGUUUUGAUAAGUCAGGGAGAAGCUCGAGUGCGUUGAGGGUUUCGAACGAGUUGCAUCAGCACGAUUGGGCCUCCACUGAGUCUGUUCUGAGUUUGGAGUACCCUUCCACUCGGGUUUCUUCGCUGAAGGCUGAGGAUUGUGGUGAUGCUAGGCGCCCCCCUGUUGUUACCUUCGAUGUGGAUUCUGAUGAUGCUUUGGAUGGGGAUUUUGGUGAUGAGGAGGAAGCUGUGACUAGACCUCUUAAAAGGGAGCCUCUCACAAAGGGGAAGAAAGGGUCUUGCUAUAGAUGCUUCAAGGGGAAUAGAUUCACAGAGAAGGAGGUUUGCCUUGUCUGUGAUGCAAAGUAUUGUAGUAAUUGUGUGCUCCGAGCUAUGGGGUCCAUGCCGGAGGGUAGGAAAUGUGUUGCCUGUAUUGGAUUCCCCAUCGAUGAGUCGAAACGAGGGAAUUUAGGGAAAUGCUCACGGAUGCUCAAGCGGUUGCUUAAUGAAUUGGAGGUUCGGCAGAUAAUGAAGGCGGAGAAGUUUUGUGAAGUGAAUCAGCUUCCACCUGAAUAUAUUUUUGUUAAUGGGAAGCCUCUUGCGUAUGAGGAGCUGGUUACCUUGCAGAACUGUCCAAACCCUCCAAAGAAGCUGAAGCCUGGAAACUAUUGGUAUGACAAAGUGUCUGGUCUUUGGGGGAAGGAAGGGCAAAAGCCUUCCAGGAUUAUCAGUCCCCAUCUGAAUGUUGGAGGCCCCAUCCAGCCUGAUGCUAGCAAUGGAAACACUCAAGUUUUCAUCAAUGGUCGGGAAAUAACAAAAGUAGAGCUUCGGAUGUUGCAGUUGGCAGGAGUUCAAUGUGCUGGUAACCCACAUUUUUGGGUCAAUGAGGAUGGUUCAUACCAAGAAGAGGGACAGAAGAAUACACGAGGGUAUAUAUGGGGAAAGGCUGGAACGAAGCUUGUAUGUGCUUUCCUGUCCCUUCCAGUACCUUCUAAAUCUUCAAAUUCUCAUGGAGAACAACACUCCAGCCUGUCUAGCAAAGCAGUUCCUGACUACCUUGACCACGCAAUAAUUCAGAAGCUUCUCUUAGUUGGUUGUAGUGGAUCUGGAACAAGUACCAUUUUCAAGCAGGCCAAGAUUCUGUACAACAGUGUCCCCUUCUCAGAUGAUGAGCGUGAAAAUAUAAAGUUAACCAUCCAGAGCAAUGUCUAUGCCUAUCUUGGCGUACUCCUGGAGGGUCGUGAGCGUUUUGAAGACGAAUGUUUGGGGCAUUUAAAGAAAUGGCAGUCUUCUACUCCUGGUAACACAGGGCCUGGACCAGAAUCUGAUGAGAAAACGAUGUAUUCCAUUGGUACAAGGCUGAAAGUAUUCUCUGAUUGGUUGCUGAAAACUAUGGUAUCGGGCAAACUUGAUGCCAUCUUUCCAGCUGCUACACGCGAAUAUGCGCCAUUGAUUGAGGAGUUAUGGAAUGAUGCAGCCAUUAAGGCCACAUAUGCAAGAAGAAGUGAACUAGAAAUGUUGCCUAGUGUCGCGAAUUAUUUCUUAGAGCGGGCUGUUAAGAUAUUGAGGACUGAUUAUGAACCCUCGGAUUUGGAUAUCCUCUAUGCUGAGGGAGUUACUUCAUCCAAUGGUCUGGCUUGUGUGGAGUUUUCAUUUCCCCAAUCAUCUCCUGAGGAAACUGGUGAAACUGCUGAUCUACAUGAUUCAUUGAUCAGGUAUCAACUUAUUAGGGUGCAUGCAAGGGGGCUAGGAGAAAAUUGCAAGUGGUUGGAGAUGUUUGAGGAUGUUGGAAUGGUCAUUUUCUGUGUUUCCUUGAGUGACUAUGAUCAGUUUACCGUUGAUGGAAAUGGUUGUUCCACUAAUAAGAUGGUAUUAAGUAGGAAGUUUUUCGAAGCCAUUGUCACUCACCCAACUUUUGAGCAUAUGGACUUCUUAUUGAUAUUAAACAAAGUUGAUCAGUUUGAGGAGAAGAUCGAACAAGUUCCGUUGACCAAGUGUGAUUGGUUCUCUGAUUUUCAUCCAACAAUUAGCCGACCUCGGCCCAAUAGCAACAGUAACAGCAUCAAUCACAACCCCUCCCUUGGUCAGCUGGGUUCUCAUUACAUAGCGGUUAAGUUCAAGAGGCUUUAUUCAUCUCUUACAGGGAGAAAGUUGUACGUGUCUGUGGUGAAGGGCUUGGAGCCUGGUAGUGUUGAUGCAGCACUUAAAUAUGCAAAGGAAAUUUUGAAGUGGAGCGAGGAGAGACCAAACUUUAGCUCCAGUGAGUACUCAAUGUAUAGCAUGGAAGCAAGUUCCUUCUCUCAUUGAUUUCUAAUUUAGACAAGAUUUUUGGGUCAUACCUGUUUGUGACUUGAAUUCUGUCGAUGUACAUAUAUACCUAACUAGGAGUAACAAGGAGCAUAUUCCUUCCUCAAGCUUGCACUAGUCCUAGGAUUCAGGCUUUAGGGUUUGUUUAUGUCAUGGCUUGAGCACAUAUCACACAGAUCAAGGUGUAAUUGUCAAAUUCUUUCUUCUUUUUUUUCCCUCCCCCCACAUGUUAAAGUAGAAUCUGGAUGUUUGGAUUUGUAUGUACAUCAUUGAUAAUCCUUUCAAGAUUGAGUUGGAAUUGGAAUCAAACUUUUGUCUUUUUAAGGAGAAA